AUGGUUAUUGUGCCCACCCUGCUCAGAGCCUUGAUGAAUGAAGGAGCUAAAAUACCCCUUAUUGGCUGUAUUGUACAACUUUAUUUAUUUGCUGUCACUGACAUUUUCCAGUGUUUCCUUUUAAGUGUGAUGUCCUAUGACAGAUAUCUGGCCAUCUGCAAUCCCCUGCGUUAUUCUUCACUAAUGAGCCACAGAGUCUGUGUUAAACUAAUUGUCAUGUCAUGGCUGCUUGCCCUUAGCUUGACACUAGUUACAUUGAAAACUGUAGCUACACAAGAGUUCUGCAACCAAAAUACCAUCAACCAUUUCUUCUGUGAUUACUUUCCUCUCCUGGAACUUUCCUGCUCAGACACCUCCUUGGCACGGAUAUUGACAAAUACAUUCUCUUUGCUUGUGACUAUUUUCCCCUUCAUACUCAUCAUUGGAUCCUAUAUCUGUAUUGCCCAUGAAAUCCUAAAGAUAGUGUCCAGUAUUGGGAGACAGAAAGCCUUCUCCACCUGCAGCUCCCACUUGGCCGUGGUCUCCAUAUUUUAUGGGACUCUCAUUGGUAUUUAUAUGGUUCCCACAGGAAACCAAUCACAGACCAUUAGCAAACUCCUUUCCCUUUUAUACACUGUAGUGACUCCUUUUAUUAACCCAAUGAUUUACAGCUUGAAAAGAGGACCAAUAGCCCAUGAACACGCGGUUCCCAUUUCUCGACUGUGA